UAGCGCAGGUGUGUGUGCGAGACAGCUAGCUGCGCUGUUACCGCCCGCGUUUGCAAAAAACGUUACAAAAUGCUCCCUUGUUAUGUGGUAACGGAUUAGAUCAGCAUCCUCAUUUUGUCAUUGUGUUUAACUCCGGCUCUGCGCUGAGUGACUCCGGUUAAGGGAAAUAAAAACAACGGUGGCGCUGUUAAGCUAACGAACACUAGCUAGAGUUAGCUAGCACUACCAAACAGCCACGCCAAGAUGGACGAAGCUUCUGCCGCGGCGAUCACAGAUGACGGCGCUGGAAAAAGACCCCUCCAUGGAGAUACAGCAUCUGAAAACAACGUCGGUUCAUCGGCUGACGACCCCGGUGAUGGGGUUGGGGUUUUCUGCUGUCGGGAUUGUGGAGAAGCCUUCAGAGAGGAGGCAGCCUACUUGGAGCAUCGCCAUCAACACCUGCAAGAAAGCAUGUAUUUAGACAACCAGUUGGAUGGUUUAGAUAAUGCAGUAAAGGACAGUGAAACAGCUAUUUUGUGUACUAUAUGUUCACUCUCAUUUGUUGAACCAAGUGAGUUCCACUCGCACAUGGAGAUGAACCAUGGUCAGACCUCCCAAAAGGAGACAAGUUUUCAGAUAAAUUCUGGGAUAACAAAGCAGCACACCUAUGAAUGUCCAGACUGUGGGAAAUGUUAUGGUGUGAUUGGACACUUUCUCAACCAUCAGCGCUCACACAGACAAGCCUCCAAAUCAGUUUUUCAUGACCUUGAACAUUUGAAAAAGAAGUCAUUCCAGUGUGAGUCUUGUGGACGGAAUUAUUCUCGUGCUUCAGCUCUUGAUGCACACCGUCGUUGUCAUGAAGAAAAAUUAGUAAAAUCACGAAACAGGGGUUCAGGAGAGGCUUGCCCCACUGAGGAAUCAGUAGUUGAAGCCAAGCCCAGUGAAAAACAGAUAGAUGAUACUCCUGAAAAACCUUUUAAGUGUUCAUGUGGUAAAGCCUUUACUGCUCUGAUGCGCCUUAAAACACAUCAGCGAUUUAGCCGCAACAGUCAGUGCUCUCCAGAAGAAAUGAAAGAAAAACCAAAGAAAAGCUGCAAUGAGUUUUACUGUAGUGAGUGUAAAAAAGCUUUCAGUGGCCAUAUCGCCCUCUUCAACCAUCAGCGAUGGCAUGUUAAUCACUCAAAUGAUUCAGCGAAAAGAUUCCCGUGUGAGGAAUGUGGAAAAGUAUUUAUGACUCUAACGUUCUACUACAGGCACCAACGCAUGGUGCACAGUGAUGAAGCCCCAGCAAAGUCUUUUCUUCAUCAAGUGUGUCAACUCCAGAAGAAGGCGUUUGAAUGUAAAGAUUGUGGGCUCAAGUUUUCCAGGGCUUCGGCGCUCCACUCCCAUCAGCUUCAUCACACAGAUGUUUUCAGAGAAACGGAGAAGGAAGUCCAGAUGCACCCCUCUCUGCUACCUCAACAAAAAAAUUUGGAAAGUGAAACAAAGGAGGCUGAGCAGGAACAAGUGGCAUCUGAGAAUCUGCUUCCAUCCAGUACGGCUGAAGAGUACUUGCAUGUAAAUGAGACUGAUGAAGAUGUGCAGAGUUAUGAACCUGGGGACUUCAAUGUACAGGUGAUCAGUGCAAGUGAAUCUGAGGACGAGCCCGUCCAAGACCUGAAUCCUGAUCUUGAGCUGCUGUGUGAAUCAGAUCAGGAAGUAAGAGAUGACGACACUGAAGUUUCCCCCAGUAGCACUGUCUCAAAACCAGAAAUGGACUUGAAAAUUGUACAAAUUGACUUUGAGCAAGCUGACGUGCAGUGUGCACCGAUAGCGAGGGAAGCCGAGGAUAAAACGACAGAGGAAAGAUUUGAUUGUCCAGAGUGUUACCGCUGGUUUUCUAGUGCUUCAUCUCUGCGCGUUCACAGAAUGUGGCAUGGCAUUCGUAAGAGAAGACAACAGACUCAAGCCUCCUCAGACACCAGGUUGUGCAUAAUGACCAGUUGCUCCCACCGCCUAUUAAGUCUUUUCAGCAUCAGUGGUGGCGAGCAGUGCAGUUCUACAGGCACCCUCUUAGACCGUAAGAAAGUAUGCAUGGAGGUAAAGCAUGGGUCUAAAUGGGAGAUCCAAACUCCUGACACCAUGGCUGAGGUUUCCCAACCUCUUAGCCGUCUGUCGGAGCAUACGGCCAAAUGCCUCUUCAAGUGUGAUAAAUUGAAGUUCAGCCUUGCAUGUAAGGAUUGUGGACUGGAGUUUACACACCUGGAGGUCUUCAAGACUCACCUGCACCAGCAUGCCCUGGAAGAGGAAGAGGAAGAGGAGGAGGAGGAAGAUGGCUUGAAUCCUGCAGCAGAACUGGGCUCUGAGAGAGGAUGCAGUCAAGAAAACGGAGAUGAAGACAUGCAUGUUUUAGCAGAGUGGACAGCACUGCUACUGAGCGGAGGACUCACUCGGAACGACUACAUUUCCCAAGACUCCUUGCGCCCCCUGUCCGACGUGACGUCACGGUGUCUGCAGCUCCUCCGUGUUGGCUUUGUGCGAAGCGACGCAAAGAUGUUUGGGCGGACGAGUGAGCCGAGGUAA